AACCAGCCCUGGAGCGCCGGAACCUUCUGUCCGCACCCCUUCCUUGCCGGCCGGCACUUCGGUUGCACAGUUUUCCAAGCCUCGAGACUUAGUGAGCAGGUAACAGAGGAGGCAAUUGAGGGCUUGGGAGGAGUUGGAGAGGUUCUGAUGGCUGGGAAUAAAGGAAGAGGACGUGCUGCUUACACCUUUAAUAUUGAGGCAGUUGGAUUUAGCAGAGGUGAAAAGUUACCUGAUGUAGUAUUGAAGCCACCCCCACUAUUUCCUGAUACAGAUUAUAAACCAGUGCCACUGAAAACAGGAGAGGGUGAAGAUUAUGUGCUGGCCCUGAAACAGGAGUUGAGAGAAACAGUGAAAAGAAUGCCUUAUUUUGUAGAAACACCUGAAGAAAAACAAGAUAUUGAAAGAUAUAGUAAAAGAUAUGUGAAGGUGUACAAAGAAGAGUGGAUACCAGAUUGGAGAAGACUCCCUAGAGAGUUGAUGCCAAGAAAAAAAUGCAAAAAAGGCCCCAAAUCCAAAAAGGCAAAAGAUACAGGCAAAGGCACUUCACUCACUAAUACUGCAGAUGUAUUGAAAAAAAUUGAGGAAUUGGAAAAGAGAGGUGAUGGUGAAAAAUCAGAUGAGGAAAAUGAAGAGAAAGAAGGAAGCAAAGAGAAAAGUAAAGAAGGUGAUGAUGAUGAGGAUGACAAUGCUGCAGAACAAGAGGAAUAUGACGAAGAAGAGCAAGAAGAGGAAAAUGACUACAUUAAUUCCUACUUUGAAGAUGGAGAUGAUUUUGGUGCAGACAGUGAUGACAACAUGGAUGAAGCAACCUAUUAGCUAUGAAAUUUCUCA